AUGAGCAGCAGCCGCUCAGGGCUGAGCAGGGUCCUGGUGGCCGUGACUGUAGCCCUGGUAUCUGUCUCUUCCCCUUGCCCCCAGGCCUGGGGGCCCCCAGGGCUCCAGUAUGGGCAUCUUGGCCAGUCUGUGACGCUGUGUUGCCCCGGAGUGACUGUUGGGACCCCAGUGUUCUGGUUUCGGGAUGGAGAGCCAAGGCUGCUCCAGGGACCUGACUCUGGUCAAAGGCAUGAACUAGUUCUGACUCAGGCAGACUGCACUGACGAGGGCGUCUACAUCUGCCGAACUGUAGAUGGUGCUGUUGGAGGCACUGUGACCCUGCAGCUGGGCUACCCUCCAGCCCGUCCUGUCGUCUCCUGCCAAGCAGCUGACUAUGAGAAUUUCUCCUGCACUUGGAGUCCGGGUCAGCUCAGCAGUCUGCCCACCUGCUACCUCACCUCGUACAGGAAGAAAACAGUGCCAGGAGUUGAUGACCAGAGGGUGAAUUCAUCCACUGGGCCCUGGCCAUGCCCGCAGGACCCUCCAGGGACUGCCCGCUGUGUGGUCCAUGGGGCAGAGUUCUGGAGCCAGUACCGGAUCAAUGUGACCGAGGUGAACCCCUUGGGGGCCAGCACACGUCUGCUGGAUGUGAGCUUGCAGAGCAUCUUGCGCCCUGAUCCACCUCAGGGCUUGCGAGUGGAGCCAAUACCUGGUUAUCCCCGCCGCCUGCAUGCCAGUUGGAAGUACCCUGCCUCCUGGCCCCAUCAGCCCCACUUUCUGCUCAAAUUCCGGCUACAGUACCGCCCAGCGCAGCAUCCAGCCUGGUCCACGCUAGAGCCGGUUGGUCUGGAAGAGGUGAUCACAGACGCUGUGGCUGGGCUACCCCAUAUAGUUCGGGUCAGUGCCCGCGACUUUCUGGAUGCUGGUACUUGGAGCACCUGGAGCCCCGAAGUCUGGGGGACUCCGAGUACUGGGUCCCUACCAAAGGAGAUACUAGCUGGGGGCCAGCCACCAGCUGGGGACCAGGCACAAUCGAAGCCGGAAGUGCAGUCACAAGCGGGUAGUCUCACUCCCUCAGAGCCCUCCCUCCAGCCUGGACCACAGCCUCUUGACCACCAAGUCCCUCUGGAGCAAGUAGCCAUGCUGGUAUCACUGGGAAUCCUCUCUUUCCUGGGACUCGUGGCUGGGGCCCUGGUACUGGCACUUUGGCUGAGACUGAGACUAGGUCAGAAGAAUGGACCCCCAAAGCGUGGAUUCUUGGGCCCAAUCAUUCCAGUGGAUAAACUUACAAGAGCUCCAAACCUGUAG